AUGCAUUUUGGUGGAUGAGAGGGACAAUGUUGUUGGACAUGAAUCUAAAUACAAUUGCCAUCUGAUGGAAAAGAUUGAAUCUGAGAAUUUGCUGCAUAGGGCUUUUAGUGUGUUCCUGUUCAACUCAAAAUUUGAGUUGCUUCUUCAGCAAAGAUCUGCAACAAAAGUAACCUUUCCUUUGGUAUGGACAAACACCUGCUGCAGCCAUCCUCUUUACCGUGAAUCUGAGCUCAUAGAGGAAAACUACCUUGGGGUUAGGAAUGCGGCACAGCGGAAGCUAUUGGAUGAGCUGGGCAUACCACCGGAAGAUUUACCUGUUGAUCAGUUUAUUCCUCUCGGACGCAUCCUAUACAAGGCCCCAUCUGAUGGAAAGUGGGGAGAACAUGAGCUUGAUUAUCUGCUUUUUAUUGUUCGUGAUGUGAAAUUGCUUCCUAAUCCUGAUGAAGUUGCCGAUGUUAAAUACGUUAAUCAAGAUCAGUUGAAGGAGCUACUGCAGAAAGCAGAUGCUGGGGAAGAUGGUGUGAAGCUAUCCCCUUGGUUCAGGCUGGUUGUCGAUAACUUUCUUAUAAAAUGGUGGGACCAUCUCAAAAAAGGCACUCUUCAGGAGGCUGUGGACAUGAAAACCAUUCAUAAGCUGACAUAAAAGAAGUUGGUGUAUUUUUAUCACUUGAAUAAUGUUGGGAAACCAAACCUGCUUCAGUUCUUGCAAAAGUAAAUUAGCAUGUUAUGGUUUUUGUAAUGCACUUGGUAUCAAAUUUCAGUUGGUUAAGAAUUACAAUUUAUUGUGAAUCAGAUCUCGUUUACAAUUUUUCAAAA